AGAAAGAUAAAGCGCGCCGCAUGAAUUCCUUCAUUUGGCUUAAUCUAGGAAAAUUAACAUUCAAAUACAGCGGUUUUACAGCCAUGUUCAUUUUUAGGUUGGAGUUGUACUUGUGAUACGAUGAUGGCGCUUGAAGUGCAUGCUCGCAUUUAGCGCAGGACUGUGUUAUCUACUGAGAAAUACUCGCGUUAGGACUGCUAAGCUGUAUCUGCCGCAUUAGAGCUGCUGGCACACUUCUCAUCCAUUCCAACUUUUAACAUAACCCUGCGGCGCAGUCAGCAACAGUCGGCUCGUUCAUUCUCUUUGAAUCUCCGCAUAUGCGAAACGCGAUCACCCAGCUCGCGUUAUAUCGCCCGAACGGAUCGUGUGUUUAAAGGGGAUCUGAGGGGAUCUCCUGAUGUGAAUGGUGCUUAAAGUUUGUUGGACGUUAAAACGUUUCUCGCCCGUUGUGACGACUUGUUAAUCGUCGUCGGCGGAAUCAUGGCGGCGACCUCCUCGCUAGUAGAUGAUCUCGUGCAAUCCGUCAGCCUGCACAAUCCACGAAAAUGGGUGUUCAACGGUUACAUCCUGCCCUUCGUGAUGCUGCAGUCCCUGUGGAUCUACUGUUGGAUCUUCGUUUAUGGCGUUGACGAGUACUAUGACGCGGGCCUGGUGGGCAUCGCAGCGAUCGGCAUGCUGCAGAUCUUUCUAUGCCUAUGCUGUCAAUGGUCGGUGCACAUCCAUACGUUCAUAAACUGCAGCUCGGAGGAAGAUCCAUACAAAGCCAGGAUAGUCAAAGUGGUUCCCACCCCAAACAACGGCAGCUCGGAGCUGAUUUUAUUACAUCACACGGAUGAGCAGGAACCUUGGUUCAUUUUUCAAAAGACAAAAUAUUACUGGGACCCGGAUAAAAAAUUAUUCAAAGGGUUGCAGUUCCCAAUCAAUCAUUCCGUGAAACAUUAUUCUGAAUGGAAAGGGUAUCUGGAUCAAAACGAAAUUAAGAAAGCAGAAGGAAAAUAUGGGAAAAACAAAUUGGACAUGGAUGUACCAGAAUUCUGGGAGCUCUUUAAAGAGCGUGCUAUUGCUCCAUUCUUCGUCUUUCAAGUAUUCUGUGUGGCACUAUGGUGCUUAGAUAAAUAUUGGUAUUAUAGUAUCUUUACAUUGAUCAUGCUUAUCAUGUUUGAGUGUACACUGGUUCAACAACAAUUAAAAAAUAUGGCCGAGAUUCGUAAAAUGGGCAAUAAACCUUACAUGAUAAUGGUAUAUAGAAAUAGGCGAUGGCGCUCGUUAUUUACAGACCAACUAGUUCCUGGAGAUAUUGUCUCCAUUACAAGGCCUCAACAUGAUAAUUUAGUGCCAUGCGAUAUGUUGCUUUUGCGAGGCCCCUGCGUAGUUGACGAAAGCAUGUUAACAGGUGAAUCUGUACCUCAAAUGAAAGAACCUGUAGAAGAUAUUGAUGGGAGUAGAAUUAUAAAUAUCGAAGGAGAUGAUAAACUUCACGUGCUUUUCGGUGGUACAAAAGUUGUACAGCAUACACCUCCUAGCAAAACUACUCCCGGUCUUCGAGCGACCGAUAAUGGAUGUAUUGCUUACGUAUUACGUACCGGCUUUUCCACAUCACAGGGAAAACUUUUAAGAACGAUAUUGUUCGGCGUUAAACGCGUUACAGCCAAUAAUUUAGAAACUUUCGGCUUCAUUCUAUUUUUACUUAUUUUUGCAAUUGCUGCCGCCGUGUAUGUUUGGAUCAAAGGCAGCGAGGAUCCUACAAGGAACAAGUAUAAAUUAUUUUUGGAAUGCACAUUAAUUUUGACGUCUGUUGUUCCACCAGAGUUACCUAUAGAAUUAUCUCUGGCUGUAAACACGUCUCUGGUAGCUCUAUCCAAAUUAGGUGUAUUCUGCACGGAACCGUUCAGAAUUCCAUUCGCCGGCAAAGUCGAUAUUUGUUGUUUCGAUAAGACCGGUACACUUACCAGUGAUAAUUUGGUUGUAGAGGGUAUCGCUGGAAUGAACGGUAAGCCGGACGUAAUCCAAAUAUCAGAUGCAUCUUUGGAGAGCAUUCAAGUACUCGCCACGUGUCAUUCCCUUGUUCAAUUAGACGAUGGUAUCGUUGGGGAUCCGCUAGAAAAAGCUACUCUCAAAGCUGUCAAUUGGAAUCUCACGAAAAGUGAUUCUGUAAUUCCUAAAAAGGGCAAAUCGCCCGCAUUGAAAAUUGUACAGAGGUAUCAUUUUUCAUCGGCUUUGAAAAGAAUGUGCGUUGUAGCUGGAUAUACUCUUCCUGGAGCUUCAGACGUACAUUACAUGGCUACGGUAAAAGGUGCGCCAGAAACACUGAAGAAUAUGUUAUCUUCUGUGCCAGAAAAUUACGAUUCAAUCUACUUAUCUCUUUCACGACGCGGUGCAAGAGUUCUCGCUUUGGGCUAUCGAAAACUUACUGGUAGCUUCUCCUCUCAAGAGUUAAGAGAAUUAACUCGUGAAAAGUUAGAGAAUAAUCUCACAUUUGCGGGAUUUGUCAUCAUUAGCUGUCCUCUUAAGUCUGAUUCGAAAACUGUCAUUAAAGAAAUCGUCAAUUCAUCACAUUCGGUCGUGAUGAUAACGGGUGAUAAUCCUUUGACGGCUUGUCAUGUAAGUCGCGAGCUACAUUUCAUGAAGAAGCCUAGCACACUUAUACUAACCAAGAAUGAUGACGAAUGGCUGUGGGAAAGCAUAGACAAAAAGACGCAGCUUCCUCUAAGUGCGAAAAAUAUUGAAUCGCGAAAAGAGAUCUGGAAAGAAUACGCGCUUUGUAUGACGGGUGAAGGUUUAUCGUAUCUGAAGGAAAAAGAACGGGAACUUCUUUGGAAACUCUUGCCGCACAUCGUAAUAUUUGCACGAUGUGCACCGAAGCAAAAAGAAUUCAUUAUUAUAUCGCUACAAUCUUUAGGCUAUAUGACGUUGAUGUGCGGUGACGGAACGAAUGAUGUCGGAGCUUUGAAACACGCACAAGUGGGUGUCGCAAUUCUGUCCAGUCCGCCCGAGAGAGUGGUUACUGAAAAGCGAGAAGAUCCAAGGAACGAUACUUUGAUGUCGCUCAUAAACAACGGACCAAGAAAUAAUUCUAGAAUGACAUCGGGGGGCUCUCGUGCAAAACUGCAGAAGAUCCUGAAAGAUAUUGAUAACGAGGCACAAGACCAACCCGUGAUCGUAAAACUCGGCGACGCUUCCAUCGCGGCUCCCUUUACCAGCAAAAUGUCAUCCAUUCAAUGCAUAUGUCACGUGAUCAAGCAGGGACGCUGCACCCUGGUCACCACCCUGCAGAUGUUCAAAAUAUUGGCACUGAAUGCACUGAUACUCGCCUACAGUCAGUCAGUGUUAUAUUUGGAUGGAAUCAAAUUUAGUGACGCGCAGGCGACUUUGCAGGGUGUCCUUCUGGCGGCAUGUUUCCUUUUUAUCUCACGAUCAAAACCGCUGAAAACUCUUUCGCAGCAAAGACCGCUACCAAAUAUCUUCAAUUUGUAUACCAUUGCAACUGUAUUAUUGCAAUUUACUGUACAUUUCAUCUGUCUCGUUUAUUUGGUGAAAGAAGCUACAAUUUUAUCUCCAAAGGAUAAUAAAUUGGCAGCCAUCUUCAAUACUACCAAUGAAGUGAAUUCAUUAGAAGGAAAUGACAGUAUUGAGGAAGAGCCAUUUGAGGCAAAUUUAAUUAAUAGUACCGUAUACAUAAUCGCAAUGUGUUUCCAAGUUUCUACUUUUGCUAUAAAUUAUCGAGGUCAGCCGUUUAUGGAAAGUUUAACACAAAAUAGAACUCUCUUAUUCAGUCUCGUGGGCAAUUUUGCCGUUAUUUUAUUACUACCUUGUGGAUUCUUGCCGGAUUUUGCGGUGCAGUUCGAGAUUGUAGACUUUCCAAACCAAUUCCGUACGACAUUGGUUCAAAUACUAGUCGCGGAUUUUGUCUUCGCGUAUAUAGUCGACAGAGCUUGCCUAUGGCUCUUUGGCGAAGGAAGACAACAUAAACUGUGAUGAACUACCUUUUAUCGAUUACAGACUGUAUUGAAGUUUUUUUCUAUGUAACUUUUGUUACUGAUCUUGUUCCACGUUAAGAGCUGACAAUUUUUAUAUUUAAGGAUCGAUAAUGUACCUGUGAAUACACAUAAAUUAUUUGUCUCCA